AUGUACUCACGUGAAAAGCUCGAGCGGUUGCUACGACAGGCAAAGGUGACGACCCAGAGCAUCCAAAAGGUAUCACAAUGGAUGCUUACUCAUCGUCAAAACUUGGCAGAAAUGGUGACGCUUUGGGCUGAAUUGAUUCGAGAAGGCGAGGCAGAGCAUCAGAUUGUGUACCUCUACAUAGCUAAUGACGCAAUGCAAGUGGGUGUACGCAAGUUUGGACGUCAUAUUGCUGCUGUUUUUGAAGAGAAACUGGUGGAAAUUAUACAACAAGUGAUGAAGGAUGGAGAGGAGAAAGUCAAACGUUGUGCUAUUAAGAUUGUAGGCAUUUGGAAGGAGCGAGGGGUUGUCACGCCGUCUCUUUUGGCCAUGCUGGAGAAUGUUUGUGCAGGCAAACCGGCAAUAGUGGAAGUGCUUGAAGCUGAUACAAUGACAGAAGAAAAGACUGCUAAAUUGUUACAAGAGAUGACGAGUGAUGCGAUAGUGGAACGAGUAUUAGAAGACAUGCCAGAGGUCGUGGAAGCAACGACGACGACGCAAUUGGCUGCGCAUGUCCAGGAUCUCGUCAAUGCUACUAUCAGUGCAGAUAUGCUGAGUGAUAGGAUGUUUCAGUUGGAGUCAAGUAUCAGUGUCUUCCAUCAUGCGUGUGCGGAACAGGACGAGGAAGAAGAUGGCGAGGUUGUUGUGGUGGGAGAAGAGAAGGAACAGACGUUUCCUUCUGUGGGGGGUAUUGCUUGGAGUAAGAUGGACCAGCACGCAUACGAUCUGGAUGUUGACAGCAGUCGUGGCCAUGUCGAGCAAUAUCGAAAGAAUCUCAUGGACCAGGCUGCGAAACGCGAAGCACUGAUUAAAAACUUGCGUGGUUUGGAGAAUAUAAACUUGUUUGCAUUCUCGCAAGGGGUGACAACUAAAGAAGAGGCAGAUCAGCAGGAACGAGCACUGGAAAGACUGUAUGCUGCAGCCUGUGAAGCGGAGACACUAGAGCUGAAGCAGCUUGAGGAACAACGCGCCGAGUUCCGUGCAAGACAAGCUUCCUUGGCUGCGUCUGCUUCAGAUCCCUUGUAUCCAGGAUAUCAGGCGCCUCAGGAUCCGUAUCGAUCAGUUGCUCCGACGAUAUUGACGCGUGGGCUGAGCGACAGUGGAAACAACUUCGUAGGCUAUCGCAGAUCCUCUCACCAGGAUGACCAGCUCCACCGAUCAUCUCCUGCGAUUCGCCGCCACAGCAGCGCCUCCGCAGCAACGAACCAUGACUUCGUGGACGCCCGGUACAACGACCAACACCGAUUCGGCGGAGAGAACGACGGUUAUGGCGGGCAAAGUGACCGCAACGGCGGACAGAACAACCGAUACAGUAUGGAUUCGCCCUCUAUGAACAAGCGAGUAAAGCUGCAUCACUCGCACAGUGCGGAGCCCCAGAACAUGCAGUGGCAGGACGUUUCUCGUCACUCGCCACCUCGGGGUGGAAUUUCGUCAAAUCCGUACGCUGCUGUGGAAAGGGAGCAUACGGCAUUCUCACCGCGUGGCAAUCGUUAUUCACCAAGGGACCACUACCAGGCCCCACCGCCGCAGCCACGCCAGGAACGCCGCACUCGAUGGGACUCGAUGCCAGAGGACCGCUACAACAACCACUACGACGACCGCCGCUGGUGA